AACUUUGUAACACGUCUGCCGCAGAUUCUACUACAAGGCCGGCUACGCCACAGUGCAAUAGCUGUGAGUUCUAUUACACAUUUCGCGACCUUGGACACCAAACCCGAGUUCUCUUCCCAUAAAACAAAACUGCCUCCAAUUCUUGGCGCAAUCGCUUGGUUCCUUUCAUUAUUCAUUCGUACUCGCCAACAGAUAAAUCUACCAACAUGUCUUCGUCGUGGCUCGUACCGCGCCAAAACAAUGGAAACCUAUCAGGCUCCGAAAACGAUAGAGAAGUCCCAUUCUGGUGGACGAGGACGGGCGUUAUCGUGAAGUGGUCCAUUUUCCUCGGCUUUACCGUUAUCUUCUUGGCAUGGAUCGUCGGGGGCUCUAUCCAUGCGAAGCGCCGUAUCAGAAAGGGUCUGAAGCCUCUAGGAUAUCAUCGUAUGUUCGUAUCCCGUAAUGAGCUGGCCCGUGUAGAUCCAGCCUACGCCUACCCUCAGGCGACGUACAUGCACUACCAACCCGGUCCCGGCUAUUAUGGCAUGCAGUCCAUGCCGCCGCCGCCGGUCUACGAUCCCAACAGGCCGCCAAUGUACCCUGGCGGCCCAAUGCCGAUGCCGCAGGGAAGCAGCAAGAUCGAUCCUGAACAAGCUGGUGGUGGCUAUGCCCCGCCUCCAGGACCGCCGCCGCCUGCUGCCCAGAACCCGCAGAGGACCGGUGGCAGCAACAACCCCUUUGCGGACCCGCCGAGGCUCUAGUCUAGAUCCAUGAUGGCACGAGUUGAGAGGUAGCGGAACGCGAGGGAUUGCUUUGAUUUGCGGGCUGACCUGUUGCAAGAAUUGACACGGGUGUACAUACUGCUGGAGUUUGGUACCACCAUAGAGAUUGCUGCUGGGUGGCUAAUGACCUGUAGAGCUAGAAUACCUGGCCAGAGGAGUGUAUACCGUGGCGCGUGAUCACUGCCAACUAGUCCGUAUGCG